AUGCGUGAGCUUGUGCACGUGCAGGGUGGACAGUGCGGCAACCAGAUUGGUGCGAAGUUCUGGGAGGUCAUCGCAGACGAGCACGGCAUCGACCCCACAGGUACCUACCACGGGGAUUCUGACUUGCAGCUGGAGCGGAUCAACGUCUACUUCAACGAGGCAACUGGUGGCCGCUAUGUGCCCCGUGCCGUGCUGAUGGACCUGGAGCCGGGGACCAUGGACAGCGUGCGCGCGGGGCCCUUCGGCCAGCUCUUCCGCCCGGACAACUUUGUCUUCGGACAGACCGGUGCCGGCAACAACUGGGCCAAGGGCCACUACACGGAAGGGGCCGAGCUCAUCGACUCGGUGCUUGACGUUGUGCGAAAGGAGGCCGAGGGCUGCGACUGCCUGCAGGGAUUCCAGCUGUGCCAUUCCCUUGGUGGAGGCACGGGCGCGGGCAUGGGCACCUUGCUGAUCUCCAAGGUGCGCGAGGAGUAUCCAGACAGAAUCAUGGAGACGUUCUCUGUGAUUCCCUCGCCCAAAGUGUCCGACACCGUUGUGGAGCCCUACAAUGCUGUGCUCAGCUUCCAUCAGCUCGUGGAGAAUUCUGACGAGUCCUUCCUGCUGGACAACGAGGCCUUGUACGACAUUUGCUUCCGCACGCUGAAGCUGACAACACCAACUUACGGCGACCUCAACCACUUGGUCUCAGCAGCCAUGUCCGGGGUGACUUGUUGCUUGCGCUUCCCCGGACAGCUGAACUGCGACCUGCGCAAGAUUGCCGUGAACUUGGUGCCGUUCCCGCGGCUGCACUUCUUCAUGACCGGCUUCGCACCGCUGACCUCCCGCGGGUCGCAGCAGUACCGUGCUCUGACGGUGCCUGAGCUGACUCAGCAGAUGUUUGAUGCCAAGAACAUGAUGUGCGCGGCAGAUCCCCGUCACGGGCGCUACUUGACGGCCGCAGCGCUGUUCCGGGGCCGCAUGUCAACAAAGGAAGUAGAUGAGCAGAUGCUCAACGUGCAGAACAAGAACUCGUCCUACUUUGUGGAGUGGAUCCCGAACAACAUCAAGGCAUCGGUCUGCGACAUCCCGCCGAAGGGCUUGAAGAUGGCGGUCUCCUUUGCCGGGAAUUCCACCGCCAUCCAGGAGAUGUUCAAGAGGGUUGCGGAGUACUUCACUGCCAUGUUCCGCCGCAAGGCAUUCCUGCACUGGUACACCGGCGAGGGCAUGGAUGAGAUGGAAUUCACGGAGGCCGAGUCCAACAUGAACGACCUGGUCUCUGAGUACCAGCAGUACCAGGAUGCCACGGCGGAGGAGGAAGGUGAGUUCGAUGAAGAGGAGGGUGAGUACGAUGGCUAG